UAUUCUUUGGUAUAUGCACUGUGGGGUAGCUGCUCUGAUCUGAAGGGAGCUCCAUGGAUAAGAAGGUGGUAUUGGUCACAGGCUGCUCCUCUGGCAUUGGUCUCAGCCUGGCUGUCCGUUUGGCCUCUGACCCCAACAAAGCAUUCAAAGUCUAUGCUACAAUGAGGAACCUGGCCAAGAAGGAACGUCUUUUGGAGUGUGUGAAAAGCCUGCACAGAGAUACCUUGGAAAUACUCCAAAUGGACGUGACUGAUCGACAAUCUAUCCUGGAUGCAAAAGACAAGGUUGUGGAAAAACGAGUGGACAUUCUGGUGUGCAACGCUGGGGUUGGUUUGGUGGGGCCCUUGGAGGUGCAGUCUUUAGACUCAAUGAGGCAUAUUCUGGAGGUCAACUUCCUUGGUACUAUCCAGACCAUACAGGCCUUUCUGUCAGACAUGAAGAGUCAGGGCCAGGGCCGCAUUCUGGUCACUGGCAGCACUGGAGGGCUUCAUGGUCUCCCUUUUAAUGAGGUGUAUUGUGCCAGUAAAUUUGCAAUCGAAGGGGCAUGCGAGAGUUUGGCAGUACUCCUGCAACACUUCAAUAUUCAUGUAAGUCUCAUUGAGUGCGGUCCAGUCAACACUGACUUCCUGGUUAACCUGCAGAAGGCAGAGCUUGGGGAUGCAUGUCUCCAACAGGUUGAUACCAAAACUUUGAGUCUGUAUGAAAAAUAUCUGCAGCACUGCAGCUCUGUUUUCCAAAAUGCUGCACAGGAUGCUGAAGACAUUGCAAAGGUGUUUGUAACUGCCAUCCAGUCACCCAGCCCUGCAUUCAGAUACUUCACCAACACCGUCAUGCCACCUCUCACCAAACUGAGGCUCACAGAUCCAGAUGGAACACAGUUCAUCAGCUCCAUGAGCAAGCUCAUUUUCUCAGCUGACGAACAAUAAUUUUCUACAUGCAUUGUUUUCAGCACAGCUUUAAUUCAGUAGAUGUUGAACUUAUGUCCAGAGGUUGAGAUAUAGCUUUUCCAAAUUUAGCUCUUGGAACAAAGUAUGCCCAUUAAGUUUUGUAAGUGGCUCUGUGUUCUAUUUUUGUGUCUCGCUUAUCCCUUAGUGGAGAAAUAUUUGAUAAGAAUUCUAUUUUUUGCAUCAAGUGAAAGCACAGACUUUGCAUUCCUCUUUGUUUGACAGUAGUCUGUCUCAGUUUGCAUAUCCUUACUGGCAUUGUUAUGCUUCUUAAUGCAUUCUUACCUUAUUGUUAAAGUGGAAAUAUUUAAAAAAUGUACUUGUGUAAUCUUUGAUAUGCUAUUUUAAGCACACAGGAACAACUUAAGGUCUACUUUGAAAGCAUAUGUUUCUCUAAAGCUCCAAGUGUUUUUUAAGUUGUUGCUGGCUAAAAUACAUGUCUAAAAUGCCUAAUAUUGCAGCAAAUUAUAUAAAAGCGCAUAUUAAUAAAUAAAAGAUUUAAAUUGAACUUACUUUAAUAAUGCAUUUUAUGUGUAGAAAAAGUAUAACAGUAAGUCAGUUACCAAUGUCAUGCAGUGAAAUUUGUGAAACUCUUGUAUCAAUCAGCACAAACAAAUACAUUAAAAAGAAAAUCAGUAGAUAAUGUGAUUAAAGAUAACAGAAACAGAGGAUGACCUGCAGCUUUCUCUUUCAUCAGAAAGCCAAAAAUGUCUGAAAUCAAAGAAAGUUAACAUUUAUCUCGUGUAAUCUGAAUCAGUACAGACUACAAAGAUGAUGUCAACUAACUGUUGGACUUUUCAACAUGAAACAACAUCUGAUACCUUUGUAAUACUUGGCUCAGACUCCAGAGCAGGAGUGUGUUCUGUUUUAACAAGAGACAGGUUAUCCUGUCUGUACAUCUACGUGUUGCGUUUCUGACCAAUCUUUGACAGGAUUGACUUUGGCCCUUAAAUCCUUCCCUGAUAAAGUGUCCUAAUUCCUUACUGAAGGUCCUGAAUUGGAUCCUACAUUACUGCAGUGUUACCACACAGUCACUUUGUAAAACAGCACUUGGAGGUGAAUUAGCCUCUCAGAAGAAUUAGGGUUGGGUAAAAACUUUUGUUAAAUAUAAAGAAAUUAGUUUUAUUUUUGUGCGUCUGCUUUAAUCACUGUGAACGUCAAUUCAAUGACCUUUAUUCCUCUGUAGAACCAAAGUCCAGGUUCAUCAUGCGCACACCUAUCCUUUAGCCAGCACAUGGAAAAUUCUUGAAAUGCCAUGAACCUGAUUGGUGAGUCAGUCACAAGUAACACACACGUAUAUGUGUUGCUCUCUCUCUCUCUCUCUCUCUCUCUUUACAUAAAAUGUAAACAGUUUUUAUGCUAGACUGAUAUUAUAUCAUGUCAUGAAUAAAGGCCAUUUAAGUAGAAUUAUGCAUUAGUAAUCCCUUAAUUUCAGACAGUAUAACUUGAAGAAAAUCCAACAACAGUUGUGGGUAGACUGCAACACAAAAUGUCAGUGUCUCAGUAACUUGUCAUGUGUUAGGUGUUGGCUUGGUCUGAUCAUGUCAAAAUGUGGACGAAAUGACGAAGAGGACUGUUUACGCAUACGUUCUCGUUGAACCAGAACAUUUAGUAGGUCAGUUCAUGGUUCAGGCACUUCUUUUGGUGUUUUUUUCCCCCUUUGGUUAAUCACCUUGUCAAAGAACAGUAUGUUCUGCAACAAGAAAACAAACAGUUGUAGAUGUUCAUUCAGAAAUUUAGAGAAAAAGUCUGAUUAAUUCACAUGUAAAGGUUAUAGUAUAAUCUUGAUCCAAUGGGAAAGUAGUCCCAAAAUUUUGAGUGGUAGUGUAUGAUAAUGUAUAUAUAUAUAUAUAGAAGGAGAUAGAGAGAGAGAGAGAGAGAGAGAGAGAGAG